GGUGUUUAAUUGUAUAAUACUGGCCAACAAUAUGAGAAUGGUAUAGAACAUUGUGAAAGUUUUAUUAUAGAUUGCAAGAUAAUUUCUGAAGGUGUCUAUCAAAUUGAAUUAUUAAGAGAUUACUAGAUAGGGGAUGAUUAGAAUAGUUAAUGAUGUUAGGCGAAUGUAAGGGGGCUGAAGCUAGUCGGCGUUAGAAGGUCAGAAUGGACGGAAGUAUGAUUUUCAAUGAGGAAGAUUUUGUCAAUAACGAGUAUUACGUUUACAAUCGUCUAUUAUUUAGACUCCUUGGAUUAUGGGAAUAUCAGACAUCGUUUAAGAAGCUGAUUUACGUUUGGUUUAUUAAUAUUUUGUUAAUUAUUGGAUUAUCUGAAGAGAUUUAUAUACUGUAUUCGUCAAAACGAAAAAUAGGAAUCUACGCCAAAUUAUUGGAAACUAUUUUGCCCGCUUUAUGUUUCGGUUGUUGUUAUUACAAUCUUCUAAGGAAUGGCGUAAUUAUGCAGAAAAUUCUUAAUCGUAUCAAAUGCGACUGGGAUGAUAUAACGAAUAAACCGGAAUUGGAGAUAUUAAAAAAAUAUGCCCAAUUAAGCAAAAAGUUGACGAUUGUGAUAGCAAUCUCCUUCUAUUUGUAUAUUGGCUUGUUGAUGUUUCCAUCUUGGAUAGUUAAUAUUCGAUAUAUUUUUGGUGGAUUAAAUAGAACAGAAUUGAUUUUUCCACUACGUUAUGAAUUUCAUAUGAAUAGUCAUAUGCUUUACUACUUUCAAUUUUUUCUUCAAUGCCUAUUUAUAAUUGCCCUUUGCACUAUAGGUAUUGCUAAUUAUUCAAUGUUUGUAGUAGUAAUACAACACGCUUGUGCACUGUUUAAUAUCGUCGAGUGA